AUGGUUGCCAGUCGGUUCGGCUUUGCCAUUCUGGGCAUGGGAAAUAUGGGUAAGAGUCGUGGCACAGCAAAAUACAAUGCAGGGAAGUCCAAUGAGCAGUCACGUGCUGUUCAUUUGAAGAAUUUGGUUACAUCACCAAGAGCGAGAGUGCAAUGGCUGUUACGGUCUCAGGUGAAGGAGGCAAAGCAUUUUGUGGAACAGGUCGGACUAAAUGCUCGCUGUGGUUCUCCAGCAGACCUUGACUUUGUUCUGGAUGAUUCAAGUGUUGAUGCUGUAGUAAUUUGCUCCCCAACCACUGCUCAUGAAGAUCAAAUUCAAAGAUGUUUGAAGGCAGGCAAAGCAGUCUUCUCAGAGAAACCAGUAACACCUGAGCUUUCCACAACUACAGCAUGCUAUCGUUUGGCAGAGAUAAAGAACAAACCACUGUUUUGUGCAUUUCACAGGCGCUUUGAUCCAAGUAUAAGACAAGUUUAUGCUGAUGUUCAAAGCAGAAAGUUGGGAGAAGUGAAAAUGAUCCAGAUCUCAAGUCAUGAUCCUCAGUACCCUCCAGUGAGCUACAUCAAAACCUCAGGUGGUAUAGCAAAAGAUUCCACUAUCCAUGACUUGGACCUGAGUCUCUGGAUAACAGGAUCAUUGCCAAAGAGAGUUUUCUGUCAGGGAGGUGCAUUUAACCCAGAAGUUCGUGCAUGUGGUGAUCAUGACUUGGUAAUUGUGACCGUGCAGUUUCAGAAUGGGACCAUUUGUGUCAUUGACAAUGGCCGUCAGUCAGCUCAGGGCUAUGAUCAAAGGCUGCAGGUAUUAUGUCAGAAUGGAGGUUAUACAGUAUCAAACCGCUCAACAUUAUUAACAUCAACCCUGGAACAUAAAGGUUCAUCACUUCCCCCAUGUGAAUCUCAUUUUGUGAUACGGUAUGCAGAUGCAUAUCGCUUGGAGAUGGAGCACUUCCUCAAUGUUCUUGAAGGUAAAGAGGAAAUGGCAGUAAAGCAGGAAGACACACUGGCUGCAAUGGCACUUGCUGAAGCUGUUGCCAAGUCUGCCACCACAGGCCAGCCAGUUGACAUGUAGACCAGUAUACGUGGUGCAUAUAAUCAAUUUUCCAACUAGUAUUAAAUACAGUAGCUCAUUAACAUUGUUUUCUAUACAUAACUUUGUGCUUAGAAAGUCAUGUUAGCACUGAGAAUAAUGAUUAUGUUA